UGCGGGAAUCAUGAGCGUGUCGUUAUGGAGAGUUUCCGAAGUUGCGUUCGGGUGUUUGCGAGUAAACGUGAAAUUUACGCGACGCUAAAGGAUCCUUCGGGAUGCUGAAGAAUCCGAACGACGUUCCGAGUUCGAGAGUAAAUCUUCUUUGAUCUUAUGAAAUUAACUGUGUGUGUGUGUGUGUGCGUGUGUGUGUAUACAGUUAUCGGUAACAGCAGCUUCACUUGAACACGUGCCGCUUUAAAUAGACAUCGCGUGUUGAAGAUCAGCUGGAAUCUAAUUAUUAGCAAUUAAAGCUAAUUGACGAGGGGCUUCGCGCAGUACUCGCUAUGUAAAUGGAGAAUCUAAUAAGAGAAUACCCGCGAUCUUCUUGAAAGGAGGGAGGAAGUAGAAAAUGCCACGCUUGCGAACCGAGAUGUUCGACCCGAUCGAAGUGGAGAAACCGUCGAGAUGCAUCAGGUUCUUACGGCUGCUGUGGAAAUUCAGCAGAUGCGUCUUCUCUCACGUGAUGCUGAUCUCUAUGGUGGUUGCUUAUUGUGUAAUCGGCGCGUACGCCUUCGAGUCACUGGAGGCGAAUCACGAGAGAGAGGUGAAAAAGAGCAUCAAGGAUGUACGAGGGAACGUCUCGGAGAAGCUAUGGGAAAUCACAAAGGAUUUCGACGUGUUGAUUCGGGAGGAUUGGACGGAGAAAGCGCUGAGCGAGCUGAAGGAAUUCGAGGACAGUCUCAGAAAAAAGAUGACGAAAGAGGGAUGGGACGGGAGCGAGGAAGAGAAUACUAUUCAGUGGACAUUCGCCGGCGCUCUGUUCUAUUCCAUCAUCGUCAUCACGACGAUCGGAUACGGUCACAUCGCCCCGAAAACAAAAAAUGGAAAAGUGGUGACCAUUUUUUACGCCAUCCUCGGUAUUCCACUUAUGUUGCUUUGCCUGUCGAAUAUCGGAGAUGUGAUGGCGUCGAGUUUUAGAUUUCUAUACUGGAAAGUGUGUUGCUACAUAUGCACGAAACCUCCGAAAAAACGACGAUCACGCAGAGAUGCAUUUGUCAGAUCGUAUUCCGUUCGCCAGUCAGGGCGAUACGGAUCGAGCAAAGGCCCGUUUCGCCGAUCUAUGCGAGUGAGUCAACGAUCAGCUGACUCAGCCUUGGGACUUUCCGAGAGUAUGACGAGGUCUUCGUACUCCGAUACUGAUUGCAGGUAUUUGUCACGACGUUUCGAAAGCGAGUCGAAGACAAGCGGUUACGCGUCUUCUGUAAAUCAACCAACGGAGACCACAAAAGCCGCCACUAUGCCACGUUAUUCGGAUCUUCCUCUAGCUAUUCCGAGAAACGUAAAAGCCAGUCCCAGGAUGACGACGCAGUCGUUGGACAGAAAAUUGCUGAUGAGUCCGAGCGAUGUGGAUCGUUCGCCGGUUUUGUGCAAUAAAUAUGCGCUGGACGAUUUGGAGGACGAGAUGUUGAAGUGGCAGCCGCCACCGCAAAACAGAGUCGAAAACUCGGAAAAAUCACCAAGCAAUGAAAUGACCGAAGAGCCGGAUAGCGUCGAAAAGCAAACAACCUUCAAUCCUAGAUCCUUGCCGAGAAGAUGCUUUUCGGUAGAAGGGACCACGACGAAUCACAGAGCGAAUAUGGCAUCCGGGCUUCGACCCACUUCUGUGUAUUUGGAAAUGGAACAUAUGAGACGAUCGCAAUCCACCAAGAGUAGUAGACGCACUAGGAGCAAUUAUCCCGUCGCGCGCUCGUACAAACGGGGACCACCACUGUCGCCGAGGAUUAUGUCUCCGAUGGGAUUCGCAGUGCAUCGACAGGUUUACACCGACGAAAUUGAUUUUGACUACGACCACCACUCCAGCACGGAUGACCAGCAGGAAAGACAGCCGAUCAAACCCGUGCCCAUCUGGCUGUGCGUCUUCCUGGUCGUUAGUUACAUUUUUGGCGGCGCUUUUCUCUUCAGCAAAUGGGAGAAAUGGGAGUUACUCGACUCGGCUUACUUCUGCUUCAUCACGUUGACCACCAUCGGUUUCGGCGACUUUGUGCCGGCGUACGCGCAGAAGGGCAUCGCUCUUUGUUCCCUCUACUUGCUAUUUGGAAUUGCUUUGCUGGCAAUGAGCUUUAAUCUGGUGCAAGAAGAGGUCAUCAACAACGUGAAGAGCGUCGCAAAGAGGCUGGGUAUCAUCAAAGAAACCGACGACGAGGAAGAGGCCGAGGACUACGACGAAUACGACCCCGAGUACGAGGAGGAGGUUUAUGAAAACGAGCCCAAGCUAUGAUCUCGCGGUUUUCAGCUUAUCAUUCGAGACGAGAUCGAGGACGCGCGUCAUCCAUUGCGUCGUCAACACGAGAAAUUCUCCGGAUUUCUAGGUUCACGUUUCCUCUCCUCCCACCUCUUAUCUCCCAGUCAAGAACGUAUAAGUCAGUUUUGCGAUACAACCAAAUAUACAGACCUGAUCUCGCGCGAAAAUCUCUCGAAUAUACUUGGAGAGAAUAAAUAAUCUGAUAUGUAUUUUUCUACGCGAGAGAGUUUCUUGCGUAGGAAUAAAUCGGUACAGACACGCGAAAUCAAAUCGAUGUAAGUAUGAAUUUGCAUUCUGUCACUCGCGUGGCGUCACUCAGUGAGUCACUUAUUGAUAUGAUAUAUGAAAUAGGCGAAGAAAUUGACAUUUUGAAUACGAGAAAAUUGCAAUACGUGAGAAACGGACUUUUAGAUUUGAAAACGUCUUUUGGGUAAAAAAAAAAAAAAAAAAAAUUGCAAGUUUCAAUAUCUGCGCACGUUGAAACGCUCUAUUCUCAAAUUGUAUUUACGGAAUAACGUCGGGAAGAAAAACCACCACAUAUUGCGAAUCAGAAAAUACCGCGCUGUGUAAUGCCGCUGGUAUACAUACAUACGUACGUAAAUUCUGAGAAUUAGUUUCUAUAUAAAAUAAAUGAAAGAACAAUUGCAAAAUGCAAUUAGAUUUACAUAUAUAUUGCAUAGCGGUUGCUUUAAUAAUUAGUCGACAUUUGCAUUUCGAGUGGUUUCUUUUCAGGAGUUUAUCAUAUAAUUGUGUUUGCAUGCAAUUUUACGUGUAUUACACGUAAAGAGAAAAAAGAAGUAGAGAUAUACUUGAAUAAAAAUUAUAAAAUAUGUAA